CGUCCGACGAGCAUGAGAGAUAACGCUUCAUUUUUUGUAAAUCGACAGCUUUUUCAAUGGCACGGAGGCAUGAAUAAUCUACAAAUACCUUUUACAUUUGGCAACUGAACACAAAUGAAACACUGCUGUAGAAAAUAACUGUAGUAAGUGACACAUUCGGCAUGGCGGAGGGAGUACACAGACGCAGACCUGGAAACCAGAGGAUCUUCCUCAAUUUCUCUUUGUUACUGUGCUUCGGAGAGUGUGUUUCGGCUCAGUUAAGGUACUCCGUUCCAGAGGAGAUGAAAGAGGGAUCCGUUGUCGGAAAUAUUGCUAAAGAUCUGGGUCUUGAUGUCAGUACUUUGGUGGACAGACGAUUCCGCGUAGUUUCAGGAUCAAAGGACGCUUUUUUCCAGGCUAACCAGAACAAUGGCGUGUUGUAUGUUCAAAAGAAAAUCGACAGGGAGGAGCUAUGUGAUGAAACUAGCGCUUGCUUGAUAAAUCUAAAAAUUGCCGUUGAAAACCCUCUGGAAAUUCAUUAUAUUGUGGUUGAAAUAACAGAUAUCAACGACAACGUCCCUACUUUUUUUGAAACACACCAACAUUUUGAAAUAGCUGAGCAUACGCCUAUAGGAACCAGCUUUCAGCUGCACGCAGCACGUGACCAGGAUACGACUUCAAAUUCUAUUCGGUACUAUAAAUUAAGCCCGAAUGAAAAUUUUGAAACUGACACCAAGAACAGUGAUGAUGAUAAAAUACCUUUCUUAGUUCUAAAGAAAGCGCUUGAUCGCGAGCAAACAGAGGAUUAUCGCCUACAUCUUACAGCGGUAGACGGUGGGAAUCCUGCCAAAACAGGUAGUCUGAACAUUACAGUGAAAGUGCUUGACAUAAAUGACAAUCGACCGGUAUUUACUCAAAACACGUAUUCAACAACUUUACAAGAAAAUGCUCCGCUUGGUACAAUUGUGAUAACAGUAAAUGCAACUGAUCGUGAUCAGGGCUCCAACAGUGAUAUUGAAUAUGCAUUUGCUAAAACUUUAAAGCGUAAAGUUUAUGAUAUUUUUCAGUUAGAUAGGAUUACUGGGGAAAUACGAGUUAAAGGUGAAAUAGACUAUGAAGACACAGAGGUCUUCAAAUUAGACAUACAGGCAUCAGAUAAAGGACAGCCUCCAUUAACAGUGGAGAGCAGAGUUAUAGUAAAGGUUUUAGACAUAAAUGAUAAUAAACCAGAGGUUGAAGUGACGUCAUUAUCAAACGUUGUUUCCGAAGACUCCAAUCCUGGCACAGUUAUUUCUCUUAUCAGCGUUUCAGACAAAGACUCCGGAGUCAACGGGAAAGUCGCGUGUAGUCUGACAGAUGGCGUUCCUUUUGAACUUAAGUCAUCUUUUCAAGAAAACAUGUACUCGUUAGUAACAAAACAGAAAUUAGAUCGUGAGAUGAUCUCGCAUUAUGAUAUCACUAUAACAGCCAAAGACUUAGGACAGCCUCCAUUAUCUAACUUUAAGACGUUGAGCGUGCUGGUAUCAGAUGUAAAUGAUAAUAAACCAGAGUUUUCUCAAAUCUCCUUUGACCUAUACUUGUUGGAAAAUAUGUCUCCUGGAGCAUCCAUUUUCUCAGUGAGUGCCAUUGACAAAGACUCGGAUGAAAAUGCUGCUAUAUUAUAUAAAAUAAUCAGAGAUGAUCACUUGCAAAAUGAUAUGGCAUCUUUUGUAAAUAUUAAUUCUGAAAACGGAGAGAUAUAUGGCCUAAAAAGUUUUGAUUUUGAAACAGUCAAAGCAUUCCAGUUCAAGGUUGCAGCGGCAGACUCUGGAAAUCCAUCACUGAGCAGCAACGUCACAGUGAAUGUGUUCAUUCUGGACCAGAACGACAACGUUCCAGUGAUCUUAUAUCCAGUCAGCGCUAAUGGUUCUGUUGAAGGUGUGGAGGAGAUUCCCCGCAAUGUGAACGCAGGACAUUUGGUGACUAAAGUGAGAGCCUAUGACGCAGAUAUAGGAUACAACGGCUGGUUAUUAUUUUCAAUGCAGGAAGUAAGUGACCACACUCUCUUUGGUUUGGACCGCUACACAGGACAGAUAAGGACCCUUCGCUCAUUCACAGAAACAGAUGAGGCUCAGCAUAAACUGGUCAUACUGGUCAAAGACAAUGGAAACGUUUCACUUUCAGCAACAGCGACUGUGAUUAUCAAAGUUGUAGAGCCCAAAGAGGCUUUUGCAGCUUCUGACGUUAAAAGCACAGUAAAAGAAGAGGAAGAGAACAACGUCACAUUUUAUUUGAUCAUUACUCUGGGCUCAGUUUCAGUGCUUUUUGUCAUCAGCAUCAUCGUGCUGAUUGUAAUGCAGUGCUCCAAAUCUACAGACUAUUCCUCCAAGUAUUUACAAGACACAAAUUAUGAUGGGACACUGUGUCACAGUAUUCAGUACAGAUCCGGAGAUAAACGUUACAUGUUAGUUGGACCCAGAAUGAGUAUCGGUUCUACUAUAGUCCCGGGCAGUAAUGGAAAUACUUUAGUGGUAUCAGAUCACAGGAGGAGAACAUCUGGAGAGGUAAGUCGAUCCACAUGGGGUUUUUAUUGUUGCUGUUUUUGGUAUUGA